GAUGAUGGAAAAUUUUGUGCAAACUGCAUUAAGACUUGAACCUGUUUAACGACAUGGAUGUAAGUUAGAGGUGAUGCAAUCUAUAAACCGCCUGGAGUUUACCUUUGAGAGGUUUCAUGGGUGGUGUGUGUUAUCGUGCGUUUAAACUGAGGUGACUGAGUUAGAAUGAACACACACGCUGAAGACAGACCAGAUCGAGAAUCAAAACCAUGAAUGCUGUAAAUCCAGUUCAACUCAUAAUUCUGCUUUGGACUUUCACUGCUCUCUGCCAAGCUGACGAUGAAAUGAGUGUAAACUGUGAGGAUGUGACUGGAACUGUGAGUGAAGAAGUAACUUUAACCUGCGGCAUCUCUCUGAAGAAGACUCUGAAGUGCUCUGAACACUGCAUUAAAUUGUAUAAGUUUCAAUAUACUGAGAAAUAUAAUGACUCUGAAAUCUGUAGAGAAGAGUUUUCUCCUGGCUCCUGUGAACAGAGAAACAGCUUCACAUGCAGAUUCACUCCAACUACAGUAAUGACGGGACAAUUCAGAUUCUUCAUCACGACAGAGUGUGGAUGGAAAGUAACUGAAUUCACUGUGAACAUAACAGAGACCAGUAAACAUGAACCUGUCACUGAGGAUCCUGAGCCAACAUUAAGAGCAGGAGACGGUCCUGAAUCAACAACAGGAGAAAAUGCAACUAUCAUAGGUUCAGUUGUGGGCUGUUUCAUCAUCAUCAUCAUUACAAUGACAAUCAUUUGCAAAAGGACAUCAAUUGACCUAUCCCGAGUCCGGCGGAUUCCAGUGUGUCUGGGCCUCAGACAUAAUGACGAAAACAGCAGAUAUCCAUAAAAAGUGAUCUAAUACCACUGCCUGCAUUACGAAAGUGUUGAAUUUGACUUUGACAAAAACUUUAUAAUUCCAGUAAACCAUAUCUGUACAUAGAGUACCAUCUGUCAUACCUCAAACAAACUACUGAACUAUAUAACUCUGGUUAAAGGUUUUAAAACUCUG